AUGCGUCGCUUUAUAUUGCUUACAGCUGUUGCCCUAACUGGGAUCAACCCCGUCUACUGCGCGACCAGCGACAAUGCUAUACACAGCGUCCCCCAAUAUAUAGUAGACUAUGCACCAUUGGUGUGGCUCCACAGCCAGGAGACAUACAUGCCAAGCGAUAUCCAACAACAGGUCAUCAAUACCGUACCAAAGAUCAACUGGACUUCCAUCGAAGGCGUUCAGAGUCCCCUAGACCUGAAUAACCUCGACACAUUGAAUGGCCUCGGCAAUGCCAGUGUGUAUCUGACCUCCCAUGAUGGAAUCGAGGCCAAUCCACAGCCGGCGUGGUUUCGGGGUAUAACUCCAGACCAAGAUGGACGCCUGGGAAAUGGCACCGGAAGUGCCAUUAUCAUUGCAGACCGUGGAAAUGGGACGGUCGAUGCUUUCUACUUUUACUUUUAUGCAUUCAACAAGGGUGACAAAGUCUUGAAGAUGGAAUUCGGUGAUCAUAUCGGUGACUGGGAACACAACAUGAUCCGUUUCAAAAAUGGAAAUCCCACAGCAAUCUGGUACAGUCAACAUGCCAGCGGCCAAGCAUUCACCUACCACGCCGUCGAGAAGGAUGGAAAGCGGCCAUAUGCCUUCUCGGGAAACGGAACGCAUGCCAAUUACGCAACCUCCGGACAACACGACCACGCAAUUCCAGGCAUUAAUCUCCCCGUGGGCUUCGUGAUGGAUUACACAGACCGUGGCAGAGUCUGGGAUCCCACGCUGAACGCAUAUUUUUAUACGCACGACUCGAACACGACUAAAUUCGAGGCUGUAAACUCGAAAGAUCCAGUGGCUUGGUUGAAUUUCAAUGGAAAAUGGGGAGAUGACCAGCCGCCGGGAGAGCCGGAGAUAUUCGGUGAAGCUAAGAAUGUGGCUGGACCCAAUGGGCCGAAAUUCAAGGGGUUGGGAAGAAAGCUCGUCUGUCCUUCUAAGCCGUGUAUUGUGCUUCCGUUCAGGAUUUGGUCUGGAAAUUCGACAGAAUGA